AUGCUCCUGGCCUCCGCGGUGGUGGUGUGGGAAUGGCUGAACGAGCACGGCCGGUGGCGGCCCUACAGCCCGGCCGUCUCGCACCAGAUCGAGGCGGCCGUCCGGAGCGGCGACGCCCGCGGAGGGAGCGUGGUCCUCGGCCAGGUCGACAGCCGGCUGUCGCCGUACAUCAUAGACCUCCAGUCCAUGCACCAGUUCCGGCAGGACACAGGUAAGAAAGACCGCCUGACCUGGAGAGCUAAAAAGGAAUAUGGUCAAAAGCUCAAAACGAAAUAUUUUCUGAGAAAACAGACGCUGCGCGACGCUAAUAACUGUCCCUGUGAAACGAGUGGACGGAGCAGCGGGUCGGUCACUUUUCUGAGUCGAUUCGGGUAA